GAAUUGUGUUAGCGAUACAUUGUUUACCCAGUUACUAGCUGGAUGUUGUUAAUUAAAGUCAAUUUGAGAGCUGUGUUAUAAAAAAAUCCCAUUUUCACGAUCACAAAGGGGAAAAAUGGGAGGAAUAGGUGCAAAAUGUACAAAAUACAAAAGAUGGUGGCGAACGCAGAUAGCUGAUGGAUUUUACAGAUUGGGCUAUUUCGUCGCUGUGCAUCCAUGGAAAACGAUAAUUUGCUCAUUACUUGUGACAGCGGUGUGUGGCAUCGGUUUAUUGCGAUUUCACAACGAGAAAGACCUGCUACUGCUGUACGUACCAAAAAGUCAUUCCUUUUUCACGGACACCCAAUGGCUCAUUAACAAGUACGGGGUGUUUGAGCGCGAAGAGAACGUUUUAGUGGAAGCGCCUGACGUCUUAACGCCCGAAGUGCUGCGGAAUUUACUGGAAAUUCAUCAAGAACUGAUGGAUAUCGAAGCGAGAGACUCGCAGGGACAUCCCGUGCGUUUUCGCGAUUUGUGUUACAAAGUGCCCGUUAUUACGAGUUUACAUUUAGAAUUUGACGACGACGACGAGUGUCAGAGCGUGAACAAUAAUCAGAAGAAUUUUUGUCAGAUGUUAACGAAAAUCCCAUCGGAUUGUCUGCAGGAGUCUCUGCUCGAGAUUUUUACCUUUACGGAUAUUCCGUCGACCAAGGAGGAGAUCCUUGAAGUACUGAAUGACGUAAAAGUCAGUCCUUAUUCGGGGAUGCAGAAAAAUUUCGCCGAAUAUCUCGGCGGAGUGCAGCGAAAUGCCUCAGGAAUGAUAAUUUCCGCUACUUCCAUCUUGAGUUCCUACAAAAUAUUCGGAAAUUAUUCCGAAAUGAACCCCGAUAAGGUAUUUGCGGACAGCGGACUCGGAAGUUGGGCCUCCGAACAGAUGAUGUCAUGGGAAAAGGAGUUCCUGCAAACCAUGGAAUACGUACAAGGGAACAUGUCGACGGAAAAUUUUAAAAUUUUUUAUCAGGCAUAUCGGAGUUAUGGCGAUUUAACGACCGCCGUGACGUUUCAAGAGUUCGAUAAAUAUAUUGCGGGCAUCUUUUUGAUGUUCGUGUACCUGCAAUUUGUGAUAUCCAAGUACAGUUGGGUCGAAUUUCGAUUUUGGCUUGCCACAAUGGGAUUACUGGGUGUUGCCAUGUCAUACGUAGCUGGAUGCGGCAUUUGUUCUCUCUUGGGCAUUCCGUAUGGACCGAUCCAAUCGGCGCUUCCUUUCCUUUUGAUGGGUUUGGGAGUCGAUGAUAUGUUUGUCAUUAUGGCAUGUUGGCGAAAGCAGGAACAAACUCUCGUGGAAAAGCCCUUGGAGGAGCGGAUGGGACACAUGCUCAUGACAGCAGGCGCUAGCAUCACAAUUACAUCAAUUACGGACAUCAUGGCGUUCAUCGUAGGAGGAUUAGCGGCGAUGCCAAUUUUACAAUCAUUUUGCUUAUAUAGUGCAAUUUCGAUAUUCAUCAUGUACAUGUUUGUGAUCACAUUUUUUGUUGCUGUCUUUACUCUCGACGAGAAACGUGUCAUGGAAAACCGAAAUGGAUUCAUACCGUGCAUCAAGCAUGGCGAUAAGUCGAGUCAGUUGUGCAUGGACAAGAAUUUGAUGCAACAAUUUUUAACAGUUAUCUAUUCGAAAUUUAUUCUAACAAAAAUAGGAAAAGCAAUAAUUAUCAUCGCAACAAUAGCGUUUACUGCCUUUAACUUUAUGGGAUUACUUCAGCUAAAAUUUCGCUUUGAUCCCACCCAUCACGUGCCCGAAAACACACAUCUGUCCGAAUACAUGCAGGAAGUGCAAAAAAAUUACCCAAGUUUGGGCUCAGAUGCAGCAAUAAUCAUAGGAAAAAUUAAUUAUACUCAGGAAAUGCCAAAAGUAAUUAAACUCGCGGAACGCAUCAACCACACAAACUUCAUUCAUCAAAUUGACUCGUGGCCAUUAGACUUUAAGCGAUUUGUGGAUAUUCAUUACCCGAAAUUAGAUAUUGAAAAUUUGACCGACGAGGAAUGGCGAACAUUUUUGUAUCAAUUUCUCAUGUGUCACAUGGGCGGCAAACACAAUCGAUAUUUCAAGUUUGAGUAUGACUCGGCAUGCGGCGAUCCCAUGGCGGAUGUCAUUGUCUCGCAAAUCGCCUUUCGUUUCAACAAUUUCAAGAAUCCCGAGGAAUUUUUGCCGGCAAAGCGACAACUGACCGAUUUGCUGGAUGAGAUUGACUUUCAGAGCGGCGACGGUUACAGCACAAUAUGGGGCAAGCGACUCUUGAUGUGGGUGCCCGACGAAGUUGUAAAGGCAGAAAUUACGAGAAAUAUUGUGUUGGCACUUGUUGGCGUGAUGGCAUGCACCGCUGUCAUUAUCGCGAAUUUCAGUGUCUGUUUCUGGAUUUUUGUCGUCGUACUUUUGACAUUGAUAAAUGUUGCGGGCACGAUGCAUCAUACUGGACUGAUACUUGACAUGGUGACAUAUAUCGCGCUUCAGUUGUCCAUCGGAUUAUGUGUCGAUUAUGCAGCUCAUAUUGGUCAUACAUUCCUCACACUGGAUCAAGGAACGCGCAACGAACGUGCUCUUAAUACAGUUUUAAGCAUCGGUACUGCUGUCAUUUACGGCGGCGUUUCAACAUUUGUGGCUCUUUCCAUGCUAUCUUUCGCCAAAACUUACUCGUAUCGCGCCUUUUUCCAAGUUAACGGGCUCAUUAUCUUCUUCGGGCUCUUCCAUGGUGUCGUUUUACUCCCCGUUAUUCUCAGUAUUUGUGCUCCGAAUGACAAACAAAAGGAUGCAACUGACGAAGAGACAACCAGCAUGAACAACAUUGCUCACACGAAGGAUCAUAUCACGAUUUUCCGCAAUGGAUCGGUGCGAGCAGCGAACGGAAAAGUGAAAAAUGGAUUCAGUAACGGAAGUACCCCGAUGGAAGAAACGACGAAACUGAACCAAGAUCUUUGAUCGCGAAUGUUUUCUUGUCUCUUGACCACUUUUUUGCGCAGCAGGUGCAUUACUUCCUGGCCUAGAUAAAUAUAAUUUAAGAAGAAAAAAAAAGACAAAAGACAUUAAUUGAUUAGAACAAUUUUUGCUGGUGAUAUUAGUAAAAUUAACGUUUUUUGUAGGGCGAUAUUUAGUGAUAAUGCUAAGUAAUUGAUAAGUAGGACAGGCUCCUAUGUACUCUAGUUGUUAAUUAAUUAAAUUUACGAAAGUUAUCAGUAUGACCACACAGUUUUAUAGAAUUACAAGAGUGAGUUUUUUCUGGAUUUAUUUGAAUAAAAUUACAAGCAACGAACAUAUUUUCCCUUUGAAAAUUUAAAAAAAUAGUAUUUUAAAAAAUUAAUAUUUAAAAAUUCAGCAUUUCAAGACCAAAAAACAUAAUC